CCCAUCCCUGCGGCGUGGAUGAUUAACGUCUGUCGCAAACCGGAAGCCGCUUCUCCUGAAGAACACAGACUGAUAUCUGGUCGAUGGCGCACUCUUACAUCUUUAGCCCACUGUAACAAGUAAGGAGUUUUAAUGUUAGAAAGUCAUGCGAGUUUGGAGGAUCACGUGCUUUUCACUCUUUUUCGGAUGGUUCCUGUCGUCAGUCCCGGAGCUCACAGGUAGUGCAGAGCUCAAUAUUGCUGUUGAAGUGGACACAACCAUACUCAUUAAUAGUGCUCACACAAACACACACUGCAGAGUUUGCAUCAGACAGGACACACAACAGCUGUGCCAGUCCUCUGUGCUCCUCAGAACUGACACGCUUCUGGAUUUCAACUGCUCACAGCCAGAGAAUGUGUUCACCGUACAGAUCAUCAGAGACAAUGUUCUUUAUUUAGACAAGAAACGAAAAUAUCUUUCUGGCCAUGAAAAACGACAAAAGAAAAGGCUGGAAGAAGAGAAUAAGCAAGAAGAUAAAGUGAUGUAUAACAUUGAACCCAAAGAACACGACGCCUUUCAAAAGUUCAAUCGCACCUUCAUCUGGAAUCUGAAGCCGCCAGAUACAAAGACCUUACACUUGAAUUUCAGUAGUACUGGUUUACAGCAGAUUCAGCCCACAGACAGCUGCCCAGACAAACACGUUUACAUGCUCGCAGUGCAGAAUGUCAGCGUUGGACGGUUUUGUUCGAAUGGAACUAUUAGACAAGUCGAUGUGUGUAACAUUGGCAUACUCUCUUUGGAAGUGUCUGGAGGUCGAGCUCUGGACAAGAAGGUUAUCGGUGUGUCAAUGGGACCUCUCAUUAACUCACUGGCUAAUUUCCAUGUUGUUCUCCCAGAGAGGAGUUCAACCCAGGACUUCUUUACCCCAAUCGCUUUUCCUGAAGAUGCAGAGACAACGUGGUGUUUUACCAUUCCCCACACAUACUACACUGAUGUGCACAUUCUGAGCUACACUGUCCCAACAUGCCUCCAACCUGAAAACAUCCCUACAAUGAAGUACACUUGGCAGGGGGAAGAGCCUUUGGUGAAACUGAUGAAUGUAAGCCAGCCGUUGGUAGAGCCUGGCAACUUUAACCUUUCUAUAAAGAACUGCAAAUUAUCCGGGCCACAGCCUCCAUCGCAAGACCUAACGGUGCACUUCCAGAUCUCUGCCAUCAGGAGAAGCAAGGGGCAAUGUGAAGGGGAUCUGCCUGAGAAGCAAGUACUACAGAUACGUGUAAAAAAAAAGGAAAAAACAACCUGUGUGUUGAAACUGGAUUCGGUAAUGAUGGACACAAUCACCAUAGCUUCAGGGAACCAUUUUGUCCUGAACUCAUUUGACUGUCACAAGGAUGAUAUAGAGUUGACUGUCAACCAGACCAUAGAAUGUAAAGAAUGGAGAGACUGUGCCUCCACUCCAUUCCCUCUAACUUUCAGCUACGAUCAGCAGUGUAUUCCGGGAGUUUUGAAGAAGAUCAUCUGGCUCCUUCAAGGCCCGCAGAACAGUGCAGUGGAGCUGCAGACUCCUGCAGGAGAUCUGCGUUACUGUCCGCCCAAAGACAAAUGCAACAGCAUCCUCCUCCUAAAUGUGUCCCAUGUUACCUCUGGCAUCACUCUUGGGCAGUUUUGUCCAAAGGGAACCAUUCAGAAAAUCCAAAUCCGUGAAUCCAUGAUUGCAAUAUCUGCCUCCGUUAUGAGUUCCAAUUACUGGAAUUUGGCAACUAAACCCUUCUUAACCUAUUCAUUUACACAGGACAUAUCAGAGCACUAUAUAUUCACUGUUGCACCAAAAAUGGAUAACCCUACGGUGUUGGCGACCCCAGCCUGGCCGUCUGGCAUGAAAUCGUCUAGCACCGUGUCCUGGAUUGUUAACCUGGAGCCUCAGUUCAAGAGCAAUGUAAAGUUCAGAAAUGUCAGCCAGCCCAAGUGUAAGGAGGUGCACACAAACAUCGCAGUGCAGACCAUUCGAUCUCAAAAGACGCUGUACAGCACCAAAAAAGAUGAGAAGAUUAAUGAUCUCCUGGUUCCAGAAAGUUUUUACCUGAACAUGACUAACUGCAAAUCACCGACAGGAGCCUUCAGGGCGAUGAUGGAGAUCACGCUGCAAAACAGCUCAAAUGUGCUUUUGGGCAUCAUCCUGAGUAUUGUGGGAGUUGUGUUGGUGAUCAUAACAGCUGUGGGGAUCUGUAUUUUUCUCAGGAAAAAGAAGAGGAAUAAGGCUCCCCCAGUAUCUGUCUACAAUCCCAGUGAGCAUACUUUCCUUCCAGGCCUGCAUGGCAUGUCCAAAGCACAGGACGAGGAGGAUCCUCACACUUACAUUUACAUAGAUGAAUCUCUAAUAUAUAGCCAUCUGCUUAAAGAUGAUAAUGAAAAAGAAGAAUAAGAAGAAGCCACUGCAGAUGAGAGUGAUUUGAAGCUGGAUUAUCCACCUCUGAAUAACCCAGCUGUAGCUGAGAGACCAAUCAGAAAAGAUGAAAACCUCGUCACUGAAAGCAAUGCAUUGAUUGACAAUGAUCUCUAUGGUUUAGUUCAGGGACAAUCAACUACAUCUGACUCCACGAAGACUUCUGAAGAGGAGGGGAAGUGAAGCCAGACUCUGUGUGUGAGGGGGAAAGUCCUGAUGAAAUAGAAUGCACUACUGUUAACUAAAGUGUAUUUUUUUGUUUUUAUAUUUAGUAUUUUACAUGUAAACAGGCUGCUAGUUUUAAAGACUGUAUGUAAUUUUUGACAUUAAAACAUCUGUUUAUUUAUUUACACCUUAAAAA